GCCGGGAGCGGUAGUCCGCGUGAGCGGCGCUGCUGAGGGGAGCCGGCUGCGCGCCAUGGCGAUGAGCUGGGCCGUCCUCUGCGCGCUCGGGAUCGCCCUCGGGGCGGCGGCGGGCGACGAUGGAGCCGGCGGGCUGGCCGUCCCCGACCUGGUCACGCUCGAGAGCGGCAGCGCCACCAACGUGCCCGUGACGCGACGGUCUGCAGCGAAUGAAACCUUGGUGAUAACUUUUAGCGUUACCUAUUCGUCCAAGAACGGAACCAUCGUGGAGCUACCCGGGCAGGUAGACUUCCCUGCUGGGUUAACUAAUUCAACCUUUCAAGUGAAAGCCAAAGAUGUCGGCCAAGUUACAGUUUACCUUCAUACCAAUAAUUCCAACCAAACCGGCCCAAGGAUUCGCUUUCAGGUGCUUCAUAGCCAGAUACUGCGAUACAUAGACCAGGUGAUUGGCUGGAUCUACUUCUUAGCCUGGUCGAUCUCCUUCUACCCACAGGUUAUUGAGAACUGUCGGCGAAAGAGUGUUGUUGGGCUGAGCUUUGACUUCAUCGCAUUAAACCUCACUGGCUUCAUAGCAUACAGCGUGUUUAACGUGGGACUCUUCUGGAUCGUUGCCAUCAGGGAGCAAUUCCUACAUCAGUAUCCCAAUGGCGUGAACCCUGUGGAAAGCAGCGAUGUCUUCUUUAGUCUCCAUGCAGUAAUCAUCACGCUCUUUAUCAUCUUUCAGUGCUGCAUAUAUGAGAGAGCUAGCCAGAAAGUCUCCAAAAUAGUGGUUGGGCUGCUGGCGCUUGCAUGGAUCUUCACCUUCACCAUGCUGUCUCUAGCUGCGGCUGACCAGAUCACAUGGCUACAAUUCUUAUUUUUCUUCUCGUACGUUAAACUGGGAGUCACGCUGAUCAAAUAUUUUCCACAGGCAUACCUGAAUUUUCGUCGCCAGAGCACAGAGGGGUGGAGCAUCGGAAACGUCCUGUUAGACUUCAUCGGUGGGAGCUUCAGCCUCCUUCAGAUGUUUCUGCAGUCGUACAACAACGAGGAAUGGAAGCUGAUCUUUGGAGAUCCCACCAAGUUUGGACUGGGCCUCUUCUCCAUUGUCUUCGAUAUCCUAUUUAUGAUCCAGCAUUACUGCCUCUACAGGACACGAGGAUACGAGCCUUGUGACUGAGGCCUUCGCCCUGCGUGGACACCAGGAUGGGAUGAGUUGGCCUUACCACUAUGAGAUUGCCUGAUUAGUUGCCAGGUUCCUCUUCGGCAGGGACUGUGGUGAACCCCCAUCCCACUGAAUGCCAAAUGCCUUAAAAGGAUACCACGUUAUCCACCCAUUGACACAGGGAAGAGAUCAGCUCUUCAAGCUAGUUUGGAGCCAGUCCGGCUUGGGCUGUCCUAGCUGCGGCUCUCCUCACUACUCUAAUAUGGGUGCGAUUAUGCAGGAUCUCCUUUGUGCUAGUUUCCAAAGAGUCAGAACCCGGGCCAGCAAAACCCCUCGCUAUCAGGGACCUAAUACAACCAGUGCUAACAAAGUAACAGGGGAACAGUUAGGUUGGCAGAGAGCAGCAUCCAACCACUUUGCCUCUCCCUUCCAAACCAGGCUGUACAAGUAGAAGCUGCUGACACCUAUUUGGGGUUGUCUCCAUCAGGACAUGGGUAGCAAGGGACACCCCACUCCUGCAAUACAUUCUGUGACAGCCAGUGGCUGAACUUACUAAGUGCAAGAAACCUAAUGCGUUCACUUGAGCAGCUCCUCUGUCACUCAGCUUUUCCUCCCAAAGGUGCUAAGUAGCCCAGAUCAAGCGUGAGACUUUACUGCACUAAAUAGUGAGCUAUUGACCCCCGGUCCUGGGGAAAUGCCUAGAGGUGUGUUUGCCGAGAUGAGAACAGCUGGUGUGAGAACUCCACGUGGGCCGGGUUCAACAGCCUAAGAAUUAAAAACUUGUACGACGCA